AAAAUAAAACCCAUAAAGCAGCUUAUAGAGCAUAACUAGGGUACACAAUUAGGGUUUUAUUAUUACCUCAACCCCUCCUUCGUUUUCACUUUCGUCUCCAUCUUCCAAAUCCAAACCCAGAGUGCAGGCAUUGCUGAGUAGUGGUGCUCGAAGAGAGAGAGAGAGAGAGAGAGAGAGCGAAAAUGGUGGAGAAAACGAAAGGAAGAAAGGAAGAGGUGGUGACUAGGGAGUACACCAUCAACCUCCACAAGCGCUUGCACAGCUGCACAUUCAAGAAGAAGGCGCCUAACGCCAUAAAAGAGAUCAGGAAAUUUGCCCAGAAAGCCAUGGGGACAAAGGAUGUGAGAGUGGAUGUGAAGCUAAACAAGCACAUCUGGAGCAGGGGCAUCCGAAGUGUCCCAAGGCGGAUUAGAGUUCGCAUUGCUCGCAAGAGAAAUGACGAUGAAGAUGCAAAAGAAGAGCUCUACUCUCUUGUUACUGUCGCUGAAAUCCCAGUAGAAGGGCUGAAGGGCCUUGGUACCAAGGUCAUUGAUGAAGAGGAUUGAUUUGUCAAUACCUUCCUGAGAGUUUUGCGUAGUGUUGAUUGUUUUGAGACUCGUUGAGUUUUCCUGAUAUUUGGUUUGUUUUAUUGCUUAGAGCAUAGACCUCAGUGUCUUUGUUUUGGUUGACAUAAUACAAUUUUAGUGUUUCUACUUUGUUAU